CUCUCUCUAUAUAUAUAUAUAUAUAUAUAUAUAGACCUUAUUUUUCUCAGAAAAUACGGCAGUUUGAAGAGAUGGGUAGUUGUGGGAGCAAGUGCACGAGUGAGGAAUACAAUAAAGUGGUAGUUAGAGGGUUGAGAGAGAAGAUAAGGCUUCUGCAAGGGGAAAUAAAGGGGAUUAUGAUUGAGAGGGAGAGAGAGAUCAGAGCAUAUGAGGGAGAUACGCUGGUGUUUGCAUUCAAAGAAGCAGAGUGGAAGCAAGAGAAGAAGAGACUGAAAGGUGAGAUUAAGACACUGAAGAAGGUUUUGGAAGAGAAAGAGGACAAGAUCAGAGAAAUUGAAGUGGUGGGAGAGAGAAGCAACAAAGAAUCUGAUGGUGUUGAAGAUGAUGAUCAGUGUCAAUGGCAAUUGCAAUUGGAGCAGAUGAGGGAAGAGAGAGUGUGGCGCGACGAGGCCGUCGAGAAAUGGAAGCAACUCUACCUCGCAAUCAAAACAGAGCUGGAUGAUCUCCUUCAGAGAACUCAUAUUCAUCAUGGUGCUUUUUUAGGGGAUCGAUUACAUUGGAGCGGAGAGGAGGAAGAGAUGAAGAGAGAGUUGAAGGCAAAAGAAGCCGCCGUGGAAGCAUUGAAAGCUCGAUUAGCUUCAAUGGAGAAAGAAGAGUACAAGAGGGCACGAGAGGUGGAUAUAUUGAGGCAAAGUUUACGAAUUGUGAGUCACAAGAAGAUAUCACAGCUCCCUGCAAAAUUGUAUAUGUGUUAAUCACUGAUUAACAAGUACUUUGGGAACCAA